AUGCAAUCCUCCCCAAAUAUGCUCACCAAGUUCGAGUCGAAGUCGUCUCGUGCGAAGGGAAUUGCUUUUCAUCCUAAACGACCAUGGAUCCUUGUUUCACUCCACUCGUCGACGAUUCAAUUAUGGGAUUAUCGCAUGGGAACUUUGAUCGAUCGCUUUGAAGAGCACGAUGGACCUGUUCGCGGCAUUGAUUUCCACCCGACACAACCCCUCUUCGUCUCCGGAGGCGACGACUACAAGAUUAAGGUCUGGAGUCUUCAAACCCGGAGAUGUCUUUUCACCUUGAACGGGCAUCUGGACUACGUGCGCACGGUAUUCUUCCACCGCGAACUUCCUUGGAUCCUCUCUGCCUCCGACGAUCAAACAAUAAGAAUAUGGAAUUGGCAGAACAGAUCGUUGAUCUGCACAAUGACGGGCCACAAUCAUUAUGUGAUGUGUGCACAGUUCCAUCCGACAGAGGAUCUAAUCGCUUCCGCGUCGCUCGAUCAGUCUGUUCGCAUUUGGGAUAUUUCCGGGCUGCGGAAGAAGCAUUCGGCACCGACAUCCAUGACAUUCGAAGACCAGAUGGCUCGCGCCAACCCCAGCCAGGCGGAUAUGUUUGGAAACACCGACGCUGUUGUGAAAUUUGUCCUGGAGGGCCACGACCGAGGUGUGAACUGGGUGUCUUUCCACCCCACUCUACCUCUGAUUGUGUCCGCGGGAGACGAUCGCCUGGUCAAGUUGUGGAGAAUGAGUGACACAAAAGCCUGGGAAGUCGAUACAUGCCGGGGUCAUUUCCAGAACGCCUCCGCUUGUCUAUUCCACCCCCACCAGGAUUUGAUCCUCUCCGUCGGCGAAGACAAGACCAUCCGAGUGUGGGACUUGAACAAGAGAACCUCGGUGCAGUCGUUCAAACGUGAUGUGGAUCGGUUCUGGGUCAUUGCUGCCCACCCCGAAAUCAACCUCUUUGCAGCUGGUCAUGACACUGGUGUCAUGGUAUUCAAGCUGGAGAGAGAAAGACCCGCGUCUGCUGUUUACCAAAACCAAUUGUUUUACAUCACGAAGGAGAAGCACGUGAAAUCAUACGACUUUGCCAAGAAUGUUGAGUCGCCGCCGAUGCUUUCACUACGCAAGUUGGGAUCACCGUGGGUGCCGCCAAGAACUCUUUCUUACAACCCCGCUGAGCGCGCCAUUCUCGUCACAUCUCCCACUGAUGGUGGUGCGUACGAGCUGAUCCACCUUCCGAGGGAUGCAACUGGCGCUGUCGAGCCCACAGACGUCAAGCGCGGCCAGGCUUCUUCCGCCGUCUUCGUCGCCCGUAAUCGAUUUGCUGUCUUCAGCCAGGCCAAUCAACAGGUGGACAUCAAGGAUCUAAGCAACUCUACCACAAAAACUAUUAAGCCGCCUACUGGAACAACUGACAUUUACUUUGGUGGAACCGGAGCUUUACUCUUCAUUACACCCACCUCCGUGGUUCUCUUUGACAUCCAACAGAAGAAGCAGCUGGCAGAGCUUGCAGUGAGCGGUGUCAAGUACGUUGUUUGGUCCAAUGAUGGACUCUAUGCUGCUUUGCUCAGCAAGCAUAAUGUUACCAUUGUUACCAAGUCCCUCGAGCAAGUGAGCAGCCUGCACGAGACCAUUCGCAUCAAGAGCGCGGCGUGGGAUGACGCAGGCGUCCUUCUUUACUCGACCUUGAACCACGUGAAAUACUCUCUUCUAAAUGGGGACAACGGCAUAAUCCGCACUUUGGACCACACCGUGUACCUCGUCAAGGUGAAGGGCAGAAACGUUUACUGUCUGGAUCGUAAUGCCAAGCCCAGGGUUCUCGAAAUCGACCCUACCGAGUACCGCUUCAAGCUCGCCCUGGUUAAGCGCAACUACGACGAGAUGCUGCAGAUUAUCAAGACCUCAAGCUUGGUCGGGCAAAGUAUCAUUUCGUAUCUGCAAAAGAAGGGCUACCCUGAGAUUGCCCUGCAGUUCGUGCAGGACCCUGAGACUCGUUUUGAGCUUGCCCUCGAGUGUGGUAACCUGGACGUUGCCAUCGAGAUGGCGCGCGAACUGGACCGCCCGAAGUUGUGGAGCAGACUGGGAAUGGAAGCUCUGGCUCACGGCAACCAUCAAACUGUGGAGAUGACGUAUCAGAAGCAAAGAAACUUCGACAAGCUUUCAUUCCUUUACUUGUCCACCGGUGAUUCUGAAAAAUUGGCCAGGAUGGCCAAGAUUGCAGAGCAUCGCGGGGACUUCACAUCUCGGUUCCAGAAUGCUAUCUACCGUGGCGAUGUUGAAGAUAGAAUUCAGAUGUUCCAGGAAGUCGAUUUGUACCCUCUGGCCUAUCUUACCGCCAAGUCUCACGGCUUGACUGAAGAGGCUGAAUCCAUUCUCGAAGCCUGCGGGUUGACCGAAGACCAGAUCACGCUUCCCACAACCGAGGAGCCUCUGCGGGUGCCUCAGGCCAUUGUCCCUAGUUUCAAGGCGAAUUGGCCUGUUAAGGCUGCAACUCAUUCGUCGUUUGAGAAGGCGUUGCUUGGAGAAGUGGGUGUGGAAGAUGAGGAGGCUGCCGCCCUUGGCCUCGAGCCCGAGGAAGAAGGCGAGGAGGCCGUUCUGGCCCGUGAGACUCUUGAGGACGAAGAGGAAGAUGUUGCCGGCUGGGACAUGGGUGAAGAGAUCAACGUGGAGGAGGAUGUCGACUUCGUCAACGUCGACAGCGCAGAGGCUGGCGCAGGCAGCUCUGAGGCCGACCUUUGGGCUCGCAACUCUCCCCUUGCGGCUGAUCAUGUCGCUGCUGGUUCUUUCGAUACCGCCAUGCAGCUUCUCAAUCGGCAAGUUGGUGCUGUCAACUUCGCUCCUCUCAAGAGUCGCUUCCUCGAAGUAUAUAAGGCGUCCAGGACUUACCUGCCCGCUACCGCCGGGCUUCCUCCUUUGGUUAACUAUGUGCGACGCACUGUUGAGGAAACUGACAGCCGCAAAGUCCUGCCCAUCAUUCCCAAGGAUCUAGAGACGAUUGCCAACGUCGACCUCCAGGAGGGUUACGCUGCAAUGAGGGCGAACAAACUGGAGGAUGGAGUGAAGAUUUUCAAGGGAAUUUUGCAUUCUGUUCUUGUCAACACCGUGUCUUCCGAAGCCGAGGUCGAGCAGGCGAAGAAGAUCAUCGAGACCGCUCGGGAAUACAUUCUUGCCAUGUCUAUCGAACUUGAGCGCCGCUGCCUAUCAACGGAUACACCGGAGAACCUCAAGAGGAGUCUCGAGCUCUCUGCCUACUUUACCAUUCCCAAGCUGGAGGUCGCUCAUCGUCAGCUUGCACUGAUGGCUGCAAUGAAGUUUGCCUUUGCCAACAAGAACUACUCGUCCGCCCUGAGCUUUGCCAACCGUAUGUUGGCCAACGGAGGCUCGGCUAAGCUUCUUGAUCAGGCCAAGAAGAUCAAAGCACAGUGCGAGCGUAGCCCGCAAGACAAGAUCGAUAUCGAGUUCGACCAGUUCGCCGAAUUUGACAUCUGCGCCGCGUCGUUCACUCCUAUCUAUGGGGGUUCUCCUAGCGUGUCGGAUCCUUUCACCGGUGCCAAGUAUCAUGAACAGUACAAGGGUACCGUGUGCCGGAUAUCUGAAGUGACGGAGAUUGGAGCACCGGCUAGCGGACUACGUCUGUUCGUUCCCGGCCAGUAG